UAUGCAUAAACAAAAAACCAGUUCUUCUUAUCAGAGCUUAAAAAACACUCCCAAACUGCUUCUCUCUGUAACUAACAACCAUUUUCAUAUUCUUCUUCAUACUAAGCUCUUUGUUCAACUUUUUCAAAUUAUUUUUGCAAAGUUAAUGUCUUCUAUACCAAAGGAACAUGAUUACAUAGGCUUAUCAGAGACCACUUCCAUGGAGAAUAUCUCUGCCUGUCUGAACUUGAAGGAAACUGAGUUACGCCUUGGUUUGCCUGGUUCUCAAUCUCCUGAUAGAAAGCCAUUGUCUUUGUCCAAUGGGGUUUCUCUUUUUGGCAAAGAUAUUGAGACCAACUGCCCAUUGAAGAACUUGGUUUCUGGUGCUAAAAGAGGCUUCUCUGAUGCCAUUAUUACUGAUGGGUCUUGUAAGAAUUGGGUGUUUUCCGGUAGUAAUGGAUCUAAUGUUGAGCUGAAUAGUGGUAAUAAUAAUGGUAGUACCACCCACAAAUCUUCUGCUGAUGGUGGUGGUGGUGGUGGUGUGAUUGUUCAGUCUUCUAAGCCAAUUUCUGAGAAGAACAGUAAUGAAAACUGUAGUGCUCCUGCUGCAAAGGCACGAGUAGUGGGAUGGCCGCCUAUUCGUUCAUUUCGAAAGAAUACCAUGGUAUCGAAUGUUACAAAAGAUACUGAAGAUGCUGAAGGAAAAUCAGGAUCCGGCUGCCUCUACGUAAAGGUUAGCAUGGACGGUGCUCCGUACCUCAGGAAGGUUGAUCUCAAUACCUACAGCAACUAUACAGAACUCUCGUCCGGACUCGAGAAAAUGUUCAGUUGUUUUACAAUCGGGCAAUGCGGAUCUCAUGGUCUUCGAGGGCAAGAUGGCCUUAACGAGUCUUGUUUAAAGGACCUUCUCCAUGGUGCUGAAUAUGUUCUCACGUAUGAAGAUAAGGAUAAUGAUUGGAUGCUCGUUGGUGAUGUACCGUGGGAGAUGUUUACCGACACUUGCAGGAGACUGAGGAUCAUGAAAAGUUCCGAUGCAAUAGGACUCGCUCCAAGGGCCAUGGAGAAAUGCAAGAGUCGUAAUUAGUGUAUAAGCUUAAGAAAAUUCGAAAGAAGUUUCUGAAGUUCCAAGGAUAUGUUUGGAAAUAUUUUUAAGUUUGUUGUGUUUAGUGAAUUGGAAAAAAAAAAGUCAAAGAAGAAGAAACUGGAAAUCAUUUUAAGUUUUCUUAGUUUUACUUAUUCUAUUAGCUUCUUUUUGCAAUUGUACUUCAAUUUCUGUGUAAAUGAAUGGAUUGCUUUCAAUUCCAUACGGUACAGACUCGUCUUGAAUUUAAA